GAAUUUGGACAAACCAUCCUCUCAGGAAGUGACAGAUGAACUUCCUACUGUUCAUGCAUCAAACGUAUCAACCGAGCAGGCUGACACAGAAAAAGAUGAUAAUCUUCCCACAACCUCUUCUUCCAGAGCAGAAUCGGAUGAGGAAGUGAUAGAGAAAAUAAAACUAGCUGGUCAGCAAGCAAACGAAAAAUACUGCAACAAUCGACAUAAUCGGUCAACAAUGCUACCUCCGAUUCCAAACUCAAAGUUUAUCGACAGAUUUUCCGAGGAGGAAGGUGUAAUCUUAACGAAAGAAAACGAAAGUGAUAAACGAAAGCAAAUAGCAUAUGAAGCAGAGGUUACAGUUUAUCGAUCACUCGAGGAUUUUGAACAUGCCGUGGUUUUGCACGGACUCAGCUACACCAAUAGACAGUAUGCAUUGUUUAAAACAGAUUUCAAGUAUGAUUCUGAGAAACCCAACAAAGAGGCCGGGGAAUGUGAUUUCGUUGUGAUUGGUAAGAAUUGCAUCGUGAUUAUUGAAGUUUCUGAUGUGCAGAUCAGGCCGAAUAUAACAUCUAAUAAAAAACUUAAGAAAGCAUUUAAAAGUAAGAAACAGCAAGGAGAGCGAACAGAGGAAUUAAUCAAAAGAAUGCUCUACUCAGGUUCUGAUGACAGGAACGAGGUUUACCCCUACAUUCAAUGGUUUUGCGCAUUUCUCAGCAUAUCAGAAUCUGAAGAAAAAAGAUUCGACCAAAAUCAAAGAUCUAACAUAAUCUUCAAGGAGUCUUUUACUGAGGGCCGAAAUGUCUUUCUACAAUGGUGGACAGAAAAUGUCACGAACAAAAUUGUCCAUUCUUAUACUGAUGAGAAGAAAAUGUCAAACUUGAGGAAUAUCCUAAUUGGACUAUGGAUCAUUGAUCCACAAAACAGAUGCCAUCCUAAAGAAAAAUGUAGCCUAGGCAGCAACAUUAUGAAAGUAGACAGUCAGCUAAAAGACGCGAAAAUAACUUACGGUUUUGGUAGAAGCAAAUCAGGCUUCGAGAAUCCCGAUUUCGUGGUGGCAGACGAUGUUUUUAAGAUCAUGGGCAUCAGUUAUCUCACAAAAGAACAGGAUAAAGUUUUUAAGAGCAAAAAGAAAUUCCUGUGGAUCAACGGGCCGGCCGGCUCAGGGAAGACAAUCUUGAUUCUUGGUAAAGCUAUUCAGUUGGCUAAAACUGGCAAGAAUAAAGUUGUGAUAUUUAUAUUCAAUACGGGAGACAGAAAUUCAGAUGUGUAUCAAAAAGCGUUAAAGACAGCUGGAAUACAGCCAGAAGUUAUCAAGACAGCUAUGACAGAAAAUGGCCUAAUUGAAAAUGAUGCUGUAGUCGAUGAAAUAAACUCUUGUUUGAGAAGACCUUGCUCUGUAGUGUUAUUGGAAUUAAGUAUAGAACACUCGAGCCCAAUUGGACGAGCAAAUUAUCGAAGGGAUGGACUGCGAUCAAUCGAUCAAAUGAUCUAUACGGUAAUGUUUCAGGAGAUUAAGAUACGGGUAAGUCAACAAUUCAACUUUUUUAUUGAUGACGAGCAAUGCUUACUUAGUGAUGGACAUUAUGAUAGGAGUAAACGAGUCAAAGAAAUGACAACUACAACUGAAUCAUAUGAUUUGGAUCUGACGAUUUGGAUCUGUAGUGACAUUGCUCAAUCGAUCGACCACAUGGCUCCGCAGAAUUUGCCUACUUUGUUCCCAGCGAUGAAUUCAAUGAUGCAGGUUUACAGCUACCUUACAUUGUCUAGAAAUCUUAGGAACACUUGUGAUAUUUCAAACGUGUUAUCAAUCAUAAGGAAGGGUAUAUUGCUGUCGCCGAAAGAGUUGUCAGGACAUUUCGUUCAUGGGACCAAACCAGUACUACGAUUUCUUCGUUGCAACGGACAUAACCAGGUAAUUGACCAGGUAAUUGUCGGCAUUGAAGAAGAGCUUCGAAAAGUCAUGGACACGGAUGAAAUAAAAACAUCAGAUAUUGCUAUGAUAAGUAAUACCGAGCAUGCAACAAAAACACUCUUGAGAAAAAGGAUUAAACAAUUGUCCAUGUAUAAUCUAUCGGAUACAUAUUCCGCAGAGUGGCCUGUUGUCAUCUUCCUUAUGGAUGUGACAGAUAUAGCAGACAGUGAGUACCAAAUACUCCAUCAACUCUACCUGGGUGUAUCUAGAGCACGAGUUUAUUGUGCAGUCAUACUGUAUACACACAGGAAAGAUACAGUAAUUAGUCAUUUAAAACAUGUACUGUCGAGUUUUGAACUUCUAGCUGAUACAGAUACACGGAUUCAAAUAGAGGCUUUUGAUCCUGACAUCGCCGAAUCUAGUAAAAACAUUAAACCACACACAUGUAAAGGAUUACUACAAUCAGAAAAAUCUUUGACCCCUGAUAACCAAAAGGAAAUAAUUGAUGCUAUAAACUCUGAUGACGUUAAUAAAAUAAGUGUCGUUUUCAAUAAGUUUGAAUCUUCAUACUCGAAUUAUUUAGAUAAUAACAAAAAAACAGUUCUGCAUUAUUCAGCUGAAUGUGGAAAAAUCAAAAUAGUCAAAUUCCUAAUCAAAGAAAUAGGUCUGGUCGUUCAUUCUAGGACCAAACAAGGGUGUACUCCGCUCCACUCAUCUCUAAAAGGGGGUCAAUCAGAUGUAGCACGUUACUUAGUUGAAGCUGGUGCUAAUGUUAACGCAAAGAUGGACGAUGGGUGUACUCCGCUUCACUUAGCUUCACAGCAGGGAGUAUCAGAUGUAGCACGUUACUUAGUUGAGGCUGGUGCUAAUGUUAACGAAAAGAUGGACAAUGGGCGUACUCCGCUUCACUUAGCUUUACAGCACGGAGUAUCAGAUGUAGCACGUUGCUUAGUUGAGGCUGGUGCUAAUGUUAACGAAAAGAUGGACGAUGGGCGUACUCCGCUUCAUAAAGCUUUACAGAAGGGAGAAUGGGAUGUAGCACGUUGCUUAGUUGAGGCUGGUGCUAAUGUUAACGAAAAGACGGACGAUGGGCGUACUCCGCUUCACUUAGCUUCAUACCAGGGCAAAUUAGAUGUAGCACGUUACUUAGUUGAGGCUGGUGCUAAUGUUAACGAAAAGACGGACGAUGGGUGUACUCCGCUUCACUUAGCUUCAGAAAUGGGGGAAUUAGAUGUAGCACGUUACUUAGUUGAGGCUGGUGCGGGGGGGGAUCAGAUGGACGAUGGGCGUACUCCGCUUCACUUAGCUUUACAGCACGGAGAAUGGGAUGUAGCACGUUACUUAGUUGAGGCUGGUGCUAAUGUUAACGAAAAGAUGGACGAUGGGUGUACUCCGCUUCGCUUAGCUUUACAGCAGGAAGAAUUAGAUGUAGCACGUUACUUAGUUGAGGCUGGUGCUAAUGUUAAAGAAAAGAUGGACGAUGGGAGUACUGCACUACACUUCGCUUCACAACAGAGGAAUUUAGAUGUGGUACGUUACUUAGUUGAGGCUGGUGCUAAUGUUAAAGAAAAGAUGGACGAUGGGCGUACUCCGCUUCACUUAGCUUCAGAAGAGGGCAAAUUAGAUAUAUUACGUUACUUAGUUGAGGCUGGUGCUAAUGUUAACGAAAAGACGGACGAUGGGCGUACUCCACUUCACUUAGCUUCAAAACAGGGCAAAUUAGAUGUAGCACGUUACUUAGUUGAGGCUGGUACUAAUGUUAAAGAAAAGAUGGACGAUGGGUGUACUCCGCUUCACUUAGCUUUACAGCAGGGAGAAUUAGAUGUAGCACGUUGCUUAGUUGAGGCUGGUGCUAAUGUUAACGAAAAAACGGACUAUGGGUGUACUCCGCUUCACUUAGCUUUAAAACAGGGCAAAUUAGAUGUAGCACGUUACUUAGUUGAGGCUGGUGCUAAUGUUAAACAAAAGAUGGACGAUGGGUGUACUCCGCUUCACAUAGCUUCAUACCAGGGGGAAUUAGAUGUAGCACGUUACUUAGCUGAGGCUGGUGCUAAUGUUAACGAAAAGAUGGACAAUGGGCGUACUCCGCUUCACUUAGCUUUACAGCACGGAGAAUGGGAUGUAGCACGUUACUUAGUUGAGGCUGGUGCUAAUGUUAACGAAAAGAUGGACUUUGGGCGUACUCCGCUUCAUUUAGCUUUACAGCAGGAAGAAUUAGAUGUAGCACGUUACUUAGUUGAGGCUGGUGCUAAUGUUAAAGAAAAGAUGGACGAUGGGAGUACUGCACUACACUUCGCUUCACAACAGAGGAAUUUAGAUGUGGUACGUUACUUAGUUGAGGCUGGUGCUAAUGUUAAAGAAAAGAUGGACGAUGGGCGUACUCCGCUUCACUUAGCUUCAGAAGAGGGCAAAUUAGAUAUAGUACGUUACUUAGUUGAGGCUGGUGCUAAUGUUAACGAAAAGACGGACGAUGGGCGUAAUCCGCUUCAUUUAGCUUUACAGCAGGGAGAAUCAGAUGUAGCACGUUACUUAGUUGAUGCUGGUGCUAAUGUUAACGAAAAGAUGGACGAUGGCAGUACUCCGCUUCACUGAGCUUCAAAACAGGGCAAA